CCUUUACCUGUGCACUUCAGUUGCUGCUGUAGUCAGCCGGCUAGUUUAGUCAGUGCAUCACCAUUAGACAAAGUACUGUACUACACUGAAACCGUAUUCCGUCUCUCCACAGGCUGAAAAUGGAAAUAACAGCAGACGAUGUUACCAUUGUGACCAAUGAAAGAAGCAAGUUUGGCUUCACCUACCGUCUCCGUCCGUACUGUGUAGGGAAGAGAUGUCGACUGAUCGCCGGCGUUAUUUUGAUUGCGGUGCUUAUUAUUAUUGGGAUCGUUGUGUUAGGUGUUGUAUUUGGCAUCAAAAACAAGUCCAGCUACAAAGGUACUUAUCUGUCACUUUAGAUUACACUGAGCUAAUAUAUCAGGUUAUUGCUAACGUAUGGCCUCGCCCAGUGGAUCACCUGCUUAAAACCCGGAAAGGUACCUGUGCAAAUUGGACUAAGCUAAAGCAAUCGUAGAAUAGUUUACACUGUCCAGCCUCUAACUAUUCCCGGGACUAUUGUUCAGUAGCUUGCAUACUUCGGAUUGUCUACGUGAUAACUCGGAUUCCAGUGCUUUAGUUCAGUCUAAGUCAGUCGAGGAGCUCACAUGCGAAAAACCUCCACGUUAACCUGCAUUUCCUUUAAUUUACGGAGGAAAAUACUCAGAGACAAAAGUAAUACUUCGAAUGAAAAACGUCAAAAACCAGUACUGAUGAUGACCGAAGCAAUUCACGGUCCAUUUGUUUUUCGUGAAAUAUUCAUAUUUCUAUCAUUAUCAAUAGUCUUAGAAGUUUCUAAUGACGGAAUAUUUUAAUAGCAUUAAUUCUUUGUUCAAGCUCUGUUUUUUUAGCGAGAACAAAAACGUAAAGUGAAAUAUUUGGUGAGACUAGGCUAAACGUUGGACAACACUGAAUACAUGUAUAUAGGAUUUGCAAUGUUCCAAAUAUAAAUAGUUCCGUUCUUGUUACGCGGAACUAUGUCUACUCUCUGGGCCCGGCUCCUGAAAGGCCGAUUAGCGUUAAUCCCGGAUUAAAAUUUUGUUUCGUUUUUGUAUCUUACAUUCCUUUGCAUUGCUUAGGGUAGCAUUUUGUGUUAUCAUUACACUAUCUCGUAGUAAAGGCUCAACGGUAUUUUGUAACCUCGAGUUGCAUGUUCUUAGACGAGAAAACAGUUCAUUUUCAUCCUUCUUCUUGUAUUAUUGGCAUUAAGUAAAAAAAAACAAAAAAACAUGUGAGACAGGUAUAUAGAGGUUUAAGUACACCCUAGAUUCGAGGAGUCUCCAGUAGAGUGUAAAGAUUUAGAUAGGAAGACAUGAAGGCCUGCACCUUUCAAAUUCAAUCAAGUUACGUGUUUUUGUUUUCUAUUUUCAAUUAAAUUGGAGGCUCUAUUCACUUACUCCAAAUAUAAUGCAGCCUUGUGAAAGUGCAUACUUUAAUUAAUAAAAGAGUUGUGAUUAGUAUGUCUGUUUCAUAUGGGCUACAAAAAUUGGAAUUGCCUAAUGGCCGUCAGUUAUCGACUUUCACUAGUAUGGCUAUUUACAUGAAACAAGAAAACUGUGUUUACCCUAAAACGAUUAAGAUUUUUUCAUUUUGACCUGUCUGGCCAUCGUAACUGAAGGUAAAAAAAAAUUCUGUUCAGUUAACUCCGCUAGUAACUACGUACUUCUACAAAAAAAACAAUUGCAUUUCGUAUCGUUUUAGCGGGACCUGAAACAACACCAACCUCCGAAGUGCCGCAGACGACAACAAGGCCAUGGACGUCAUCGAAGCCAUUGACAAACUCAUCGACAACAACACCACCGAUCAUUUGUAAUUUCACGCGCAAAAUCUCUCAAGGUUGGUGUUUGAAGUGUUUAAAUUAAAAUUGAAGCAAAAACAACGGUUAAAUAUUCAUUUACAGCAGCGAGGUUAUUCUACAUAAACAAAAUUUGAAGGCGCGCGGCGAUCGCACGUUUGAAAGGUACGUGUGUAUAUUUAGGGUUUCUCUUCCCUCCUUUCUCGCUCGCCCAUGGCGUUUUCAUGCGCCUUAAAAUCUCCUCCCCAUCAAAGGCCUGCCACGUAGACUAGAACCUAUUUUAUCCAUUGGUUUGAAGCAAAUAAUAUUAAUUUAUUACAUAGACACCGAUGAAAGACCAGGAUUUUUCCAGUGACGAAAAUUUGGUAUCCAGUGAAGAUACAAUUUUUAUCCUUCACCCGUAAAGAUAUCACGGUUGUCAUGGCUACGUCAGUUUCAGCCAAUAGGAAAAGAGCAUCACAGCAUCUCGCCAUCGGUGUCCCGCUUGUAGAUACGAAUUUUAUCUUCUCGUUUUCAACUCGAUAUCUCACUUGUUCCCUGCGCUCACUCGUGAGAUAUCGAGUUGAACACUCGAAGAUAAAAUUCGUAUCCACGUGCGGGCAUGUAAUAUCCUCUAUAUUAGAAAUGAAUGAGUGACCACGCUUACAUUUUUACACAAUCGCUACUCUAGAAACGAGAAGGAAACUGGGCCGAGUUAACUUUUGCAAAGACUUCUGGGACUGUUACUAUAUAGGGACGGGGGAAAAAUCGGCCAAUAGCGCUGACCGGUGCGUCAUCAGUAAUAAUCCCAGAAACAGUUGCGGGACGCAUGUCGGCUCCCGUUCCAUUCUCUUUUCUAAAAAGGCGAAUGAUAUCGACUGUUUCACGAUUUCAGAAAUUUCCAGACAGCUGAACAAAACAGUGAAUCCUUGUGAAGACUUUUUCUCCUACGUAUGCGGAGGUUUUUUCAAAAAACAUCAGCUCGGAGAAAAUAACAGCGUGGAAUCUGCCUUUUCGGUCCUCUUCCAUGACAAUAUGAGAGUUAUACGGCAUGUGUUGCGGAAUGCUACUUCUAUUUACCCUCAGGUUUGAAAUCAAGUUUGUUUUAGUUAAUUUGUGGGCAUUAACUAAACUCCCAUUAAUUUACUGGGCCAUAUAAGCAGGGAGCACAGGAAUUUUGAUACGUCCCUUAACUCUUGGGGAGCCAGAAAAGAAAAAAUGCAGUGGAGCUUAUUCUGGCCUGCUAGCAAGCUCACUAGGGUUAAGCUUAUUCUCAAAUAAAAGGAAUAAUAAAAACAGAAUUAAGAUUUACCUGUAGUCUAACCAAUUUUUUCCUUUUUCUAUUUUUUUUUCGUAACAGAGUUUAUCGAUAAGGAAAACCGUCCAAAUUUACAACUCUUGCGUAAAUACAGCUGCUAUUAACAACCGAGGAAUUGCACCUUUAGCACGUUUGAUAGAGACGUACGGUGGAUGGACUGUAACGGGAAAUGGACUGAACUCCUGGACAGUGCAAGAAAAAAUGGGACACAUUCAAAGAGACCUGAAUGUACACUCUUUGCUGUUUGCUUCGGUUGGAACGGAUGAUGAGGAUUCCACACGUAACAUUCUUAAAGUAGGCAAAGCAUUUAUCGAGUCAUUAAAUAUGCACGAGUGCCUGUUAAGUAGGUAGAUACCGGGCAGAAAUGGUUAUCAGUCCAGCAAAAGAAAAAAAAAACGAUAAUAGUCAUAGAAACAAAUAGUCCCUAGGCAUCGUUAUGCCGUUUCGGGUCACGCGAUCCGAGCGAAAGUACGUCACCAAAAUGAACUAGCCAAGAAGGCCUGUGAAGACGCCGUACAGGGCCUAGCCAAAUACUGAAGGUCAGGAGCAAGAAUCGAACCACACCUUGUUGCAAAACAUUGUUUCGAAAUAUUGCUGGAGAAAUCCUUGAAGGAAUACGUAAUUGGCUCUUAAGGGUUUCCAAAAAGGGUGGUUUGUACAAUACAGAUCAUAUAUUUGAUUCAAAAUAUUAGCCAGCCCACGCGUUGGUAUUUUUUUCCGAACUUUUACAUCUGUUUACUAGAUUGGAACCUCACGCCUAGGAAUCUGGAUUUGGAGCUACUAUGACGAAAACACAACAGAUCCUGAAGUUUUAAAGGUUGGUAUUGCAACCGGAGCCGAUUGGUCGGUAGCCUGUGCCAGGUUCUCAGAUCAGGUGGGGACGUCGCGAAAAACAAGGUCAAGCAACCCCCGCACGUUUUUCGUUUCAGUUUUCACUAUCUCUGCGCGUAAGUAUCUUCAGUUAGCGCCUGGAAGAGGCUAAUUAAUCGGCUCCUGAAGCAACUCAUUUUUGACACUCAGAAAUUCAAAAUAAGGAGAUAAGAAACGGAACUUAUAACUAGCUUCAUCAAGUUAUAGACGGAAAUUUAGCCUACCUGAUUAUUUCAGGUUCGUUGUAAAUAAUGUGGAUAUAACUUGGAGGCUGAAGAUCAAUAACAUUUUAUAUUUUCCAUCUUCAUUACGCAAAUUAACCUAUAGUCCAUGUAAUCAACUGCGCAUUAAAUCAGGCGGUCUCCAUUUCACUUGCCCGUUUCUCUCUCCAUAAAAGUCGCUUCUAAAUGUAACAGCCCGUGUCUUAAGACAAUUUUUUCCAAUUCCCUAAGCAAACAACAUCAUCAACAACAAAAGAGGCAGCUAUGACAGCUAAGAUAAACCUCUCCAGGUCAUUUUCCAAGUCACCUCACUAAUGAUAACAAUUUCCAUUAUAACUGAUUCUCCUUUUAUCUUCCAUUUGCGUCACUUAAAGAUUCAACACGCAUAUAAGACGUACAUGAGAACGAUUGCACGUCUACUUGGAGGAGGAUCAGAUUCAGAGAAGAAGAUGAUGCGUAUAUAUAACUUCGAAAGAGACAUUGCCAGUGUAAGUUACUGUUUCAGGUAGAAUAUAAAAACCACCUCCAAAAAUGUUAAACUGAAAAAGGACAGACUACACUAAUAAAAAAAUUCUUGCUCCCGCAAAUAACUAACUGUCGUAAUUCAUAAGUUAAGAUACCUAAAAGAUCUCAAAUGUGUGCAAUUCCACAAGUGGUUUCAACUCCCAUGCAAAGGGGUCUUCCGUUAGUGUCUGUCAGGACUCAACAGGAUGCAUAAAAAAGCACAACUGAAAUAAAUCUAUUCCAUUACAUCAGAAACCAGGUGAACGCGUCAAACAUAGGAGCUUCAAACUCGUUCCUUCUGCCAGAAGUUUUCAGGGGCGCCCAACACAGUUUUCUGUAAAAUAUCUGUUCGGAGAAGCAGAAAUUGCCUAGAAUUUUCUAUACCUUGAGGAAGGCUAAGAAUUUCCAGAUGGUGGUUCCAUUCGAAGCUUAUCUAAUAAAUUCUCUACGAUUUUCUGAAUUUAAUUCUUCGCAUUUCACUCCCCAGAUUAAGCUAUUUUUCGCAGAAAAAGGAAACGUAAAAUUUCGGAUUCGAAAAUGCGAUGGAAAGAGGAAUCAGAAAGAAAAAUUCUCACUUUCCUAAAGACACUCAAGUUGCCCUAGGAUGAUCGAACAGAUAAAAAUUUAAUAGCGUCGAUUAGAAUGUAUUCGUGAGAGACCUCUGCUAGCAGGGAAAGAAUGUAUUUCUAAAGAUCUAAAAGUACUCUCGAUGGCCUAAAAAGUGUUUUCAAUGCGUUUAGGAGGAAAUCGUCGUUAGGUGCCCUUGAGUCAGUAUUCGGAUCCGUCCCGGAGAGAAUACUAGAAACGAGGUUGGAGGAAACAAGAGGAGUUAACUUUCGCAAAGACUUCUGCGACUGUACCAUGCGGUGACCGGCGAGUACCCGGUGACCAUCUCAGAAAGGCAGAAACAAUUGCGAUACAUAUUUUGUCUCCAGUUUCCUUCUUGUUUGAAAAGUGAACAAUAACAUGGUUUCUUCAUGAUAAAAGACUGUACAAAGCUAUUAGAGAUUUUACGCUCUGUGUCCUAUCUUCUAUUUCAUGAUAUUGCUUUUUUUUCCCUUUCUGCAGUGGUGGUAUCAGGACGAAGCAUUCUCAGAUGACUUUGUCCAGCCCCUCGAGCAGUAUUAUCGUUCAAGAAGAUCCCUGGAUUUCUCAUUGGACAAUACUAUCGCUGACUUUUGCUCGGACUCAACUUUUAACGUACGUAAUUCUAGCCACACUGGACACCCUGGAAAUCCAGGUUACCUUUUAGCACUGUGAUUAUUUUGGAAGAUGAAAUAUACGAAAACCAAAUUUGUAUACAGUUUCUAUUUCGGCUUUUUUUGUGCAGGCAAUAGAAUUGAUACUGCUUUCGGUCGCUUAAAAGGUCGUUCACAUGCCACUUCUAACUUAGACUUGCGCAUUAUGGUCGUAUAUGCUGUGGUUCAAUUUUAUCCUUGUUUCAAAUUUUAUUUCCCUUUGUUUUUUGGUUAAGGUAAUGUAUGAUAAUGAGUUUCAAACAAACGGAAAUUUAAUUUAAACCAAGGAUAAAACUGAACCAUAACAUAUAUAGACAUAUUAAAUUCUGCAAGCAGAAUACUGCAAUGCUGAUCGUACUACGUGAAAAUUAACUCUGCAAGACAUCAACACGACACCGAAAGAACUCAAAACAGAGCGGGAUUGUAGCCAUAGACAGCUGUUUCGCCCUCUUUGGGGCUCGUCAGUAUGGCGUAACAUAUAUACUAGGCACUUAAUUUGAACUCGGUAGAUCAAGCAUCAGCUAGCUCUCAUUCAGGGUUGAUUUAUCGAAGGAGUACUGCCAAAGCUUUAGACUAAAACCGAGCGGUUUAUCAUUUACAAAAAAAAUUUCCGUUAAAUCCGGUUCCAGCCGAAAAUUUCCGAGAGCAACGGAACAUCUGUAAAAGUAGUCCUCUUUUUCCGGCUGGAAAGUUCCAAAAGGAAAUUCGUGUUACUUUUGUAAAAUCGCAUCUUCGAUACCAGUUUCAGGCCUUCUCAGCCAUUUUUCGGUAAAAGGAUCUUAUCUCUGUGUAGACACGGAAAACGCGACUCCAGGACGUAAUUACCAGUCCUGAUUGAUGGUGCUUUCCAUUUGACCAAAGGCGUGAACCGACAGCUUCGCCCAUGUAAAUGGUAAAUACACCAAAACUCCUGCAUACUGUUGGCUCUUCACGUCAGUUAGUAGUAAACGAGGGUUGUGGGCAAUCGAACGACUAAAUUAUCAAUCAAUACUAUUUUUUCUUUCACAGCUAACUUUUAUUCUGGAUUUUUUGAACACUGCAUUUUUGCACCAAGGAAUUACUUUCGACUCUAGCGAAAAAGUUUACUAUGGGCUUGACUACUUCUUCCGGCACAUUGCUUCAAAGUAUCAGACUACGUAAGUGUAAAUAACGUCAUUUAUUACUAAACUAUUUUAAUUAUUAAAUGAGUAAAAAUGAAUUUUAAAAGUGUUUAUGAGCAGCGCUGACUUAUAUCUGGAGUCAAAUAUUCCCUUUAGUGGUUUACUUUCACUUGUACAAAACGAUCUUAUUUUUUUUCGAAUAUUCUUCAUGUCCUCCUUCUUCAGCGGUGUUCCAAUUUAUCUUGGCGAUUUUAUUUAAUCAAUAACUCCAAGAAGACAGCGUCGGUAAAUUAUGAUCAAUUUUAAGCAACCUAUCGUGCUGUCAAUAAUAGUCAAAUAACUAGAAAUACGUGUAUCGCAAAACGUGUGUGGUUGCCGUCCCUUUUCCUGAGAAUACCAUGUAAUAUUGAUGUCAUUUUAGUGUAUACUCGCAAACGUCUCUUCCAAAUUUGGUCCGAUCAACGCUAGCUUGUCAUGGAGAAUUCCGUAAACCGGAUGAUUUAAGCCAAUCAGAAAAGAAGAAACAUUUUGAAUGAAUUAUUAUGGAAGCUAGCCGACGUAUCUAAAGUAGCUGCAGCCUAUUUUUCUUGCCUAUAUUUGCUUAAUAGAUCCCACGAUAUUAUCAAGGACUACAUAAUGUGGCGAGUUAUUUCCCAGUACGUUUGGUCAAUGCCUGAUGCUUUUGUUGAAGCUAAGCUUGAGUUUUACAAGGCUCUGCGCGGGACGCGAAAAAACCUACAUCAAAGAUGGUCUUUCUGUAUCGAUGAAAUGCUGACACCGAUGGACAUGACUUUGGGGAGGAUGUAUGUUGACGCACAUUAUGACGAAGCAACUAAAACAACGGUAAAGUUGUAAACUAAAUUAAGAAACCUAACGGCGACGCACAGUCACAAGCACGUCUCGAAGCUCGCAUCUUCCACAUCAAUCGUUAUAAAUAUAUUUUUGCCCGGAAGUAAGUACAUUCGAUUGAUUGAGCGACUGAAGUUCAAUAAAAGUCUUUCUAUUUAAUUUGUUUCAGGUACAGGAAAUGACGACUCUUAUUCGCGAGGCCUUUAUUAAUAACCUCAAUUCGGCGGAUUGGAUGGAUUCUGCAACAAAAGAGGCCGCCAGGCAAAAGGUAAGAAUGUCAUUCAUAGAUUAUCAAGACGAAGAGGUAAAAAGUGUUCAAAAAGCUAGUUCUCUUAUUUUUACGGGUUUUCGCAGUUAGUCGAUAUUGGUACAGUACACCUCUCUUGCACAGUAUUAUUUGACUAUGCAUAAAUACUCCUGGGCUCAGUUGUUCGAACGCCGGUUAGCACUAACCCGGGGUUAAAUUUUAACCCGCUUUUUUUUUCUUGUUAUCAAAAGCACUCUCUCGAAUAAUUUUCUCUAUUCUUUUUAAAGUAUCCAAUCAUCAAAUUGUAGGCAAAAAGAAUUAAACUGAAUUUGAAUUUUAACCUGUGAUAUCUGAGUUCAAAGUUCGCACUAACCCUGGGUUAUCUUAACCCAGCUUCGAACAACCCGGCCCUGACCUUUACUAGAAAUUCGUGAAUCGCAGGACCUUGCGAAGGACUUCGGGAAAUUGGCAAGAAGUUGAAAGGGAAAUAAAGCAAGGGAGAAAAUUUAUAAAUUUAAAAAAUUUGAGCUAUAUAAAGAAACAAAACAAACCUACAAUAACUACGAAGAAGACUAAACGUUAAGGAAAAAAAUGAGCAGAGGAGAAAAACGGGUUUUGCCCGGAAUCGAACUCGGGACCUUCUGCCCGCCAGGCCAUUUAUCAGGCCACGUGAAACUCAUCGUGAAAAAGUUGAUAAUAUUUUAUGAAAAGCCUUUUCCCUAGACUUCCUCCAGCGGGCCCUGCACAAAGUUGAUCGAGCCCUAUUUAAGGCGAAUUCAGAGAUAAUUUUCAGAAGAAUGACUGCUGUUUUGACCGGUGGAAACCUAACGUAAACCUGUUUGAUCGCAUUUAAAGAACAAAUGCCCAACUAUGAGCCAAUACGGUAUCGUCUGCGAACAAAACGUGUUUUGUUACCUCAAUUUUCAAUUGCAGAAAGCACUUACCGACUCCCAAAUUACCGCAAAAAAACCAAGCACUUUGGUCAUUGAUAUGAUGAGAAAUCGCCGUUUAGUCGAAUGUUGCCUAGAAACAAAGAAUGUGCCGUGACGUCAAACUUUUGUAUGACGUCAUCGCGGACACCAUGGGAUAUAUACAAGGAUAGUUGGAUAGAUGUGGGCUGCGAGUUUGCAGCUCGCUAGGAUCCACGCGCGGUUCACGCACUACGCGCGCGACGAGAUUAUGAACUCAUUACGCCCGGCGCUUCGCGACGAAUUAAUUUCCAUCAAAUCAUGCGCCUUGGAAACGGGCAUGUUUACAGGGGCACCCAACGACCGUCUCCUCCUAAAUACGUUGAAAACCAUUUUUAGGCUGUCCAGAGCACUUUUAGAUCUCUAGAAUUGCAUUCUAAGUGGCGCUAUAAAAUUUGUAUCUGCUCGGUCAUCCCAGGGGAUCUUGAGUCUUUUUGAAAUUACAAGGGCUCCAGCAUUGUUUUCCCGAAAAUUUUAGAUGCAAAUUUUCGUUUUGAAUCCGAAAAUUUCAGGUUUCCUUUUUCUACCAAAAAUUGCCUAACUUGGGGAGUGAAUGUGAAAAAUUAAAGUUCAGAAAAUCGGAGGGAACUAAUUAGACAAGACAGGCAAUCUUCGAAAAUUAAUUGUACAUGAAUGGAACAGCAGUCAUCUAGAAAUUUUAAGCCGUUCUCAAGCAAUAGAAAAUUUUAGGCCAUAUUUUCUUCUCCGAACAGAUAUUUUACAAAAAACAGUCGUUGGGUGCCCCUGUGUUUAUACCAGCUCUUAACUUCCAAAACCUUUUCUUCUUACGGACGUUGAAAAUAAAAAAAAAAUUGAAGGCGAUUGUUUGUCCCCAUAACAGUCACUACUGUAACUUUGAGUACUCUAUAACUGGUUAACGCUUGUUAUUAUAUGGCUACAAUAGUACACGCGCUCUGAUUGGCUGUUUUCUUGUAAUGACCGGGCAUUACUAGCUAGGUGUCCAAGGCAUAUACAAUCUGUGUUUAACUUAAUAGUGGACAUCCAUGUUAUGGUCAAUUGACAGCUGUCAAAGAGGAUAUCCUCUGACAAGUGUCACCUGACUGUACCGCGGGCUCAAGUGUACAACUCAUUGAGGUGACAUGUGAAGGUGACCAGCUGUUAGUUUAAAUUGAUCGCAGGCUCAGGUCCAUAAUGAAAAGGCUAUAAAAUAAAUAACUUAUUAACCUUGUCGGUUCGGUCAUAAAGGGAAAUCUCAGACCUCGGCCUGGAUGUAUUGACCUCGCUAUCACUCGGUCAAUACAUCAAGAAUACAUCAAGGCCUCGCUCUGAAAUUUCCCUGUAAUGACCUCACCCUCGGUUAAUAAGUGGUAUUUAAUCAAAGGUUGUCUCUUUCGGCACUAAGACACAUUAAAAAUAAUUCACUUAAAUGCAAUCAUUGUAGGCCAAUGCUAUAAAGGAGGAUGUGGGAUACCCACCAUACAUAAAAGACGACAAAAAACUUGACGAACAUUAUUCAAUGGUUAGUAAUAAUAAUACUACUACUAAUAAUAACAAUGUAUGAAUCCACUAACAACAAGCUGCCUUGGGACUUCAAAAUACAGACUGACAACGAGAUUGAACACAACAAGCCUGACAUUGUGGUAUUGGAUAAGAUAAAACGCAAAUGCCUGGUUAUUGAUGUUGCUUGUCCAUUUGACAUCCGAUUGAAAGACAAAGAGAAAUAGAAAAUUGAGAACUACCAAGACUUUAAGCGGGAGUUGAAACGGAUCUGGAAAUUGCGCAGAGUAACUGUGGUACCAAACAUAAUUGGGGCAUCAGGAACUGCCUCGAAAGAUAUAGAAAAGUGGUUAGCAGAGAUUGGUGUUUCAUGUCGUUUGGAUUCAUUGCAGAGAGCGUGCUUACUGGGUAUGGCCAGAAUCCUUCGAAAAUUCUUGGACACCUAAGGUCACGGGCGGUGACAUGAUGUUUAAGGAAGACUGCAGCAAGCCACCCAGAAAAAGCUGUGUUUAAUGAGGAUAAUAACAAUAAUAAUAAUGGAGGGAGGGGGGGAAUGCGAAUGAAGUGAUUUGUUGCCUAGAUCGUUAACGUUCGUCUUGAUAAACAAUUUUUCCUGGUACGCCAACACUGCUCCCCCAAUGCAUUCAAAAGAUGUUUGAAUAUGGCAAUCCUCAAGUUCAAAUCCUCAGUCAUGCUACCAGUUGGGUAUUUUUAACUCUGUUAUCUUCUAUUUGGACUAAUUGUGCUUUCAAGAUUCACUCUUUGAUUAGUUUUUGUUGUUGAUAUAUCACUUGUCUCAACAUAUCAACACUACUUAUUUGUCUAUUAUUUACUUUUUUUUCAAUAUCACCAGCUGACAGUAAGUGAUGAUUAUUUUGAAAAUGAAAUAGCAAUGAACAAAAUGCUGGUCCAAAAAAACCUUGGAAUGCUUCGCCAUCCAGUCAACAAGGAUAUGUAAGUAUUUUUUGGCGGAUUGCCAGCACAUUUGGAAUGAGUUUGGCCUGACAGUGGUUGGUGGUGGUGGAGUAUGGAUGUGUUUUAUUAGAUAUCUCAGAGUUUACCCUUAAAAUAUGAACCCUCAGGGUAACUGCCAUUAUAAGUCAUUCAGCUAUCUUUCAAAGGAUAUUUCAUAGUUAGUCAUCUGGCUUAUUCCAGAGAGCCGACUCCUGGUAAUCGGCUCCUGCCCGUAUAAAACGAAGCUUUAAAACGUCCAAAUGGUCCGUUAAGGAUUUAAUAGUUUCUAAACUCAACAGCCAAAUUUACCGUAUCAUCGUUAAGCUCCUCUCGCACGUGCAUUUUGACUUAACUUACAUAUAUUUAUAUAUAUGCCAUUUUAGGUGGCCGGAAUAUAACCCUGCGGUAGUCAAUGCAUUUUACUAUGGACAGAAAAAUACAAUAGGUAUGUGCGAGUUCCCUAUGUCGUCGUAAAUUUGGUAACCCCUUUCUGGAAUCUGGAGGUCGGUAAAAACAAAAAUGUUCACAAUUACCAGUAAACGAAUUUUUCUUUUAUACCAGCUGGCAACAUUUUAUCGUUGACGAGAUGAAAAAAAGAGAACAAAAAAAGCAAAUAAAUAAACAAAACACAACUUAGAAAAUGAACUUUUUAACUAGGGAUCAUGGUGACUGUAACCGAUAAAUUAAAAUAUGGCAUAGUUGACUGAAAUGUACAGUGUACCCACUACUCCACUACCAUAAAUUUGUUAAUUACAAAUGACUAGUAGUUAGACAAAUCUGCAUCGGUGUCACAUUCCUAACUGUACGUUUAAUAUUUGUUACAUUAUUUUUUCAUAGUAUUUUUGGCAGGGAUCCUACAGACGCCUUUUUACACGAAAAAUUAUCCAAAGUAAGUAAGUGAAGUGAGUUACCCGCGUGGACGCUAUAAGACACAUUUUGAAGCUAGAUUUAAAACUGUUUGUCAAUCACGGAAGCGAGAUUUCCUAUUGCUUUCUAUUUAUUAAAUACAAAGUCAAAAAGGGA